CUUAAAGCGUGAUGACAAAACGGGAAAAAAAAUUUAAAAUAAUAUAUCAAUUAUAAAAAAAAUAAAACUAAGAAAUCCCAACACAGGAAAAAGCCUAAAAAGAAAAAGAAAAUUUAUAAAGAAAAUUAUUAUCAUAAUAGUGAAUGGCAAAACUUUCUAUAGAAAAGGAAAGAAAACAAAGCAAAGCAAAGCGGAAACGGAAGUAAGCGGAUUUCCUGAUUUAGAUAUUGGCGGUGUGAAAAAAAACAAAGUGAAAAGAAAAUACAAAUAUUACAAGAAUUCCUGUAUGAAAAUGGGAAGAAGAGAAAUAUAAUAAAAUUAAAGAUAAAAAUUAAAAAUAGAAAAAUAAAUAUUUUGCAAACAAAUAAAAUAAAAAAAUAAGAAAAAGUUGUGUAAGAGUGUAUAAGUUUUUGAGUGUAGGCAGUGCUGCUAAAAAUUGAUAACGUAAAUUAAAUUACAACAUAAAAUAAAUAAGAAAAAAACGUAAAAUAUUUUACACAAAAAUAAAUUAUUUAUUUAAUUAGUUAAAGGCGGUGUUGGUAUAAUUAUAAAAUAAUUUAAAGUGAAUGAAGCUUUCGAAGUUAAAUUAAACACGACAGCAGGCUGUGUCAUAGCAACAACAACAACAUUAAUAAUAAUGUAAUAAAGCCCUCUAUUUAAUAACAAAUUUAAAUAACAUCAGUUUAGAUAACGACAGCAGCAGCAACAAAAAAACACAACAACAAAAAAAUUUAAAUAGAAAAAAAUUUGUGUUUGCAGAAAAAAAGACAAGACUUUUAAAUUAAACCAAACAAGACAUAAAUUUAUCCUUGUGUUGGUAACUGUAUCCUCUUCACUGAGUUUGACAGAUAGUAAAGAAGAGAGAGAGUGAGUGAGAGUGUGUGUGUAUGAGUGCUGCUGGUACUUGUAUAUUUAUAACAAGUAAAUGUUGAUGUUGUUGUAAUUGUAAUUGUCCUCCAACAACGUAAGUCUUCAGCUUCCGUGUAUCUUUGUAUGUGUUAGUUUUAUAAUGGCAUUGUUAGCGGAAAAAUUAAUCACAUCCAGCGGAAAUACAACACAAUCAACAUGGCCACAGCCUUGCCAACAACGACAACGACCACGACAACAUCAACUUCUUCCACUUCCUUUAAAACAAAGCGACAUCAGCAGCAACAACAAAGACACACAUCAAAUAUCUAAGAAUAUUGUUAUCACUAGCAAUAACAAAAAAUCCUGUUUUUACUCCAGCCCCAUUAUGAAUUCUUCUUGGCUUUUUGUAGUCUACUUAGUGGCAGCGGUCACCUUAUUGCCACUUACCGUAAUGGCCAAUCGACUCUCCGACACCAAACUGCAUGAAAUCUAUUUGGAUAACAAAGAAAUUAAACUCAGCUGGAUGGUGGACUGGUAUAAGCAAGAAGUACUUUUUCACCUACAAAACGCCUUUAAUGAACAGCAUCGUUGGUUUUAUUUGGGUUUCUCGAAACGUGGUGGUAUAGGAGAUGCUGAUAUUUGUUUUUUCGAAAAUCAAAAUGGUUUUUUCAAUGUUGUUACGGAUACCUACACCAGUCCGGAUGGUAAAUUUGUACACAAGGAUUAUCAGCAGGAUUGUGUACUCUUUAAAAUGGAUGAAUAUACUUUGGCGUUUAAAAGGAAAUUUGAUACCUGUGAUCCAUCAGAUUUUCGUAUGCAUGAAGGUACCAUGUAUGUUAUGUGGGCCAGAGGUGAAGUUGAAUUGGAACUUACAGAUUAUCAAUUUCCCUUUCCAAAUGUUUCCUCCCAAGAGUCGGGUAUUAAAAUGAUGCAACUAUUGAGAGCUGAUAAAUUUCUUAUACCAGAAACUGACCUUAAGCACAUCGAAAUAACCCUCGAUGAAGUAGCGGUGCCAGUAAAAGAAACCACUUAUUGGUGUCAUAUACAAAAACUUGAUGAUUUUCUACAGCAAAAACAUCAUAUUGUACAAUUUGAGCCACUGAUUACAACACCCGGUGUCGUACAUCACAUGGAGGUAUUUCACUGUGAAACCGAUUGGAAUGUCGAAAUACCACUGUACAACGGUGACUGUGAACAAUUGCCGGCCGAAGCAAAAGUCUGUUCAAAAGUCAUUGCCUUGUGGGCAAUGGGUGCGAGUACGUUCACAUAUCCACCUGAGACUGGUUUGCCAAUUGGUGGUAAAGCAUACAAUCCCUAUAUACGUUUAGAGGUGCAUUUUAAUAAUCCUGAACUAGAGAAAGUUUAA